AUGGAGUGGCGGUCGACUCGAUGGGGAUCACUCGCUUAUGACCUGAGCUCACAAUACUUCCUGCUGGAGAAAGAGGAUGUGGACGAGUCCGGACUUCCACCCGUUCGGAUGACGCUCUACUGCAUGUCCACAUUCCACCGCCAAUUCGAGUUCUUGCGCGGUGAAGUAUUGAGCGAAGGUCAUUUGGGCUGGAUUCUCGGCCCUCCUGGAACAGGAAAGUCAACAACAGCCAUGGCUUUCGUGCCGACUCUGAAUAGAAGGGAAUGGAUCGUGACGUCAUGCGUUGGUGAUGCGUGA